AUGACAGAGAAGCACCCUCCGGCUGCAUCGCCCACAGCCGACUAUGAGGACGCACGGUCGCAGCUGCUCGACUACUUCGAUGACAUCUUCAAGUGCACUAUCUGUCUGAUCAAGCUGCAGGACCCGCACCUGUGUCCUCGCUGCUCGAAACUGUACUGCUUCGGAUGCAUCUCGGAGUGGUUACUGUCCGAGUCGGAGCAGCACGCGAACUGUCCUAACUGCAAGCUCGACCUUCAGUUGGACAAUCUGGUGAAAGUACGCUGGUUCGAGGAGGUGGAACAGCUACAGCGCAACUGCCUUGAACCGAAACCGUCCGGCAGCAGCGGCAGCAGCAGCAUCAGCAACGGCAGCAAUGCCGAUGCCACCGCCACCGACGCCACUAAUGCCCAUCAUGACGGUAAUAACGGUGGCGUCUCGAAGAAGGACAUUUGCGCUAAACAUGUAAAAAAUAUGAACUUUUACUGCUGCACGUGCAAGAUUUGUAUCUGUGACGAAUGCGCCAUCGCUGAUGAGCACCAUCUAGAUCAUACGUUCAAGAGCUUGGACGUGAUCUACGACGGGAGUGUGCAAAUUGCGGAAGAGGAGUUCGAGAAGGUUCGUCAUUACAUGAAAAAAAUUGCGGCCCUGGUCGAAAAAGUGGACCGCAACGUGGAGCUGGUGAAAAAAGUAAAAGAAGAGAAACUGAAGGAAAUUCGUGCCAUCGCUGAAAGUGCAAUCGAAGGGCUUGACAGGCAGGUGCGUGAGAAACUACAGAAACUUCAAGGACACAAAUACGCACUGCUGGCCGAGAUGCAGGACAUAGAAAAAUCAUUGCGAACGAUGGAACUAGAGCUGAUGGCCUGUACUAAGUCACAGUUUAUUGUGAAAAAGUCUAAACUUUUCAAAGAAUGCAAUAAAAUUCGAAUGAAUCCGAUCAAGGAUUUCAAACAGAUUCGAGUACCAGUGAGUUUGAAAAUUGAAAUUCCAACGAUUAACGAAACGGGCAUUUUCGUGAUUGAAAACUUUUCCUCGUUCGACGACAACAAGGUGGCCUAUUCGAACGAAUUCGCCGACAAUUUUGGCCACAUUUGGCGCAUCAUGGUUUGGUGUGUGAUUUCCGAAGAUCAGCUUGGAAUCUACAUUGAACUGGUUGAGGGCCAACCCUGCCGCAUGGAGUGUCGUUUUCAACUGCUGCACACGGAUGCGAAAAAGAUCAUUCACAAGCAGAUCAAGCAAUACUUUGACUGUGCCACCCAGAAAGAUUGGGGCUUCCGAGAUUUUAUAGCCCUCAAGACGAUACUCGAUGAGAGCUACUUGAAGGAGGACGAUUCGCUCGAGUUGCUGUAUCACAUUCGACCCUGCAACGGUGAUUGCGAGUGA